AAUGUUUGUGCGAGCUCGAGCAAACCACUGUGUAAUGUAAUCUUACGUUGUACAGUUCAUUAUUUUUAUCUUGAUCACUCAGUUUUCAACUGUACAAAUUUCGCUGGUUAUCAGACCGAUUCACCACGGUUUUCUGGCUGCUUUUAUCACUUUUGCAAGCACAUCAGCGCCGCGAAAAUGUACCACAAAUUAAACGCUCCCGAUUGCGACGAUACGAAAACGGCAGAGCUAUGCCUCGCCUUGUACAGAAACUCCUUGAAAUCCAAAGACAUGGACCACGACGGGACCCACUUCGAUAUCCAAUACCCCCACGUUUUCGUCACUUUAGGGGCUUCUGGCGACUUGGCGCGCAAAAAGAUCUACCCGACCCUGUGGUGGUUGUUCCGCGACAACUUGCUGCCCGUCAACACGGUGUUCUUCGGUUACGCGCGCUCCAAAACGACCGUGGAUGACAUCAAGAAGAAAUGCGAGCCGUACAUGAACGUCAAGCCGAGCGAGCAGCAACGGUACGAGGAGUUCUGGAAGCUGAACCGGUACUUCUCAGGCCAGUACACGUCCAGGACGGACUUCGAGCUGCUCAAUCAGGAACUGGAGAAGUUCGAGAAGGCCCCCAUCACCAACAGACUGUUCUAUUUGGCUUUGCCGCCCUCUGUUUACGAAGAUGUUACUGUUCACAUCAAAGAGACUUGCAUGGGUACAAAGGGAUGGACGAGGAUUAUUAUAGAAAAACCGUUCGGUCGCGAUUUGCAGUCCUCCGACAAGCUGUCGAAUCACUUGAGUCACCUCUUCACCGAGCACCAGAUUUACAGAAUAGACCACUACUUAGGAAAGGAAAUGGUGCAGAAUUUGAUGACGCUGCGGUUCGGCAACAGGAUAUUCAAUCCUACGUGGAACAGGGACAACAUCGCUUCCAUACAAAUCAGUUUCAAAGAGCCGUUCGGUACUCAAGGACGGGGCGGGUACUUCGACGAGUUCGGCAUCAUCAGGGACAUCAUGCAGAACCAUUUGUUGCAGAUUUUAACGCUAGUAGCGAUGGAGAAGCCGUCUUCUUGCCAGCCGGAUGAUAUUAGAAACGAGAAAGUGAAAGUUUUGAAGAAUAUCCAAGCCGUUGAGCUUAACGACGUCGUACUCGGCCAGUACGUAGGGAAUCCUCAAGGGAACGAUGAAUCGAAAAUGGGAUAUUUAGACGAUCCGACUGUUCCUAAAAAUUCUGUUACUCCCACUUACGCUUUAGCGGUACUACGCAUUAAUAAUGAGCGAUGGGACGGUGUGCCUUUUAUACUAAAAUGCGGAAAAGCUUUAAACGAGCGCAAAGCGGAGGUGCGAAUUCAAUUCAGGGACGUGCCCGGGGAUAUAUUCGAUGGCAAACCGAAGAGGAACGAGUUGGUUAUUCGGGUGCAGCCUGGCGAGGCUUUGUACGUGAAGAUGAUGGUUAAAACGCCUGGCAUGGCUUUCGAUAUGGAAGAAACCGAAUUAGAUUUAACGUACAGUAGCAGAUACGAACACGUGAAACUACCCGAUGCGUAUGAACGAUUGAUUUUGGACGUGUUUUGCGGGUCUCAGAUGCACUUUGUACGAUCCGACGAGUUGAGCGAAGCCUGGAGGAUAUUCACGCCUUUGUUGCACAAAAUUGAAGCGGAAAAAAUUAAACCUAUUCCUUACAUGUACGGAAGUCGGGGGCCAAAAGAAGGCGAUGAAUUGUUGAGAAAUAAUAACUACUGUUACACGGGGUCGUACAAAUGGAAACCGAAAAUGUAAAAUACUCUGCUCUAUAGAAUAAAGACAAGUCAUUCCUAUAUUUUUAUACUCAUAUGUUUUGUUAUCUUUUGAGGAAAUUGCUGGCAAUAAAGGAUUUUUA